AUGGGUCACCUUUUCAACGUUCCUCUCGAAUUGUUUUCGAGAGAGGGCCUUAGCUACAUAGCAAGUGCCAUUGGUAAUCCUCUAACCAUGGAUUCUGUCACUGCCUCAAAAUCAAGAUUGGAGUUUGCUAAAUUAUGCGUUGAAAUUGGAGUGAAUGAUGAUAUCCCUAAAUCUAUAGAGGUUAUUCUCGGUAAUGGGCAAACUACAACAGUUUUUGUAGAAGUCCCAUGGCUUCCUAAUUGUUGCUUAAAAUGUAAUAAAUUUAGGCAUACUGAUAAAGCUUGUUUAGCUCCUAAAGAUACAGCUCCUGCUACUAAUUUACAAAUUUGGAGGAAAAAGAGAGAUUCUCAUCCUGCUGUGCACUCUAACAUCCCCAGUUCGUCUAGUCCUCAAGUUCCUCUGUCACCAUAUUCCAAAAGGAAAAAUGAUAAUUCAUCAAAUGGAAAAGAACCUUUAACAGAAACAGAUUGCCUAUCCGAUCCUGCUGCCAAGAUUGCCCAAUCUGCUUCUAUUCCUGUUUCAAAUAAGGACAAUAGCUCUUCAACAAUUCCCCCAUCAGAUUCUGUUGCCACAGAGGAUAUUUCUUGUCCUCUUCCAGACUCUAAUGCUGAUUGCAAAUCUCUUUUGCCUCAUAAUGAUAAUACUGUCCCUGACCAUAAUGUCAAAAAUGUCUUCCCUCAUUCUAUAUAUGAGGAUGUAAAUUCUUCCUUAUUUUCCCAUUUAAACGUUUCUGAGGAACAGACAGUUUCACCUACUGGAAAUGCUGCAAAAGCUUCUAAUAAAAUCAACAAGAAAAAUUCCAGAUCAGCUGCUUUAGGAGUGGCUCUUCUAAUUAAAGACCUUAAAGCAAAAAAGAAGGAACACCUUGAUAAAUCAAAUUGUGUCUCUGACAAAAAUAAGGUUCUGCAAAGGGCUUCUCUUUACAAAGUUGAAGUUCUUUGCCUUCUAGAGACUAGAGUUAAACCUGAAAAGUUUGAAGAUAUAAUUAAUCUCAAAUUCAGUACUUGGAACUACUUCACAAACUAUGACCAUGCCUCUAAUGGUAGGAUUUGGUUCUUAUGGAAAAAAGGUUUGGACCUUUCUCUCUGCCAUGUUACUGCCCAGUGUAUCACUGCUAAAAUUAUUAGAAAUGGUGUUCCUUGUUUUAUUUCUGCUAUUUAUGGAAAUAAUGAUGGUACUCAAAGGAAACUUCUCUGGCAACAUUUAAAAGAUCUUGACUCUAGUAUUGGUUCAUUCCCUUGUAUUUUAGGGGGUGAUUUCAAUAUCUUUCUCUAUUCUGUUGAAAGCUCAGAUCAUGACACUCUGGGUUCUUACACUUCUAAUGAAAUGAAAGAUUUUCAAGAUACAAUCCAUGACCUUCUCCUUCAGGAUCAUCCUUUCUUUGAUCCUACUUUCACUUGGAGCAAUAAACAAAAGGAUUCCUAUCUUGCUAGGAAAUUAGAUAGAGUUCUUGUUAAUUCUUAUUGGGUCAGUUUCUUUCAAAAUUCCUUUGUAGAAUUUCUUGCUCCAGGGCCCUCAGACCACUGUAUGGCUCUCGUUUGGCUUAACAAAGACUCCCAAACGAAUAGACCCAAGCCUUUCAAAUUUUUUAACUUCUGGACCAGGAAUCCAAACUUCAUUUCUGAAGUUCAAAAUUCUUGGCUCCAACCAAUGCAAGGUAAUCCUAUGGUUUCUCUUUUCCUCAAACUUAAAAAUCUGAAGACUUGCCUGAGGAAAUUAAACAAAGACUGCUACAUCAAUAUUUCUGAUAGGGUUAAGCAAAAUAAAAUUGAUCUUGAACAUAUUCAGCUUUCUACCCUUAACAGAACUUCUACUAUUGACUCUGAACUUACUAUUCAAAGUGAGCUCUCUUCUCUUGAGCACAUAGAAAAUUUAUUCCUAAAACAGAAGGCUAAAAUCCAAUGGCUUAAAGAGAGUGACAAAUGCUCUAAAUACUUCCACUCGGUCAUUGCUUCUAAAAACAAGAGAGAAACUAUUAGAGUCCUAGUAAAUGAUCAAGGCAGUAGACUGGAAUAUUUUGAUGACAUGGCUUCUGAAGUUAUUCAUUUUUUCAAUAAUCAAUUGGGGAAAGCUAACAUGAAUGUUCUUAAUAAUCUACUUCGAAUUAAUCUGUCCCCUGAGGGUUUAGCAGACUUGGAAAAAAAUAUCAUUGAUGAGGAGAUUAAGGAAGCUUUUUUCAGUCAAGGUAAUGAUAAAGCUCCUAGGCCUGAUGGCUUCACCCCUUUCUUCUUCAAAACUACCUGGUCAGUGGUUGGGGAUGAUGUCUUAAAAGCUGUUAAGUAUUUUUUUCAGAACUCUUGGGUGUUACCUGCUUUUAAUUCUACUAUUAUUGCUCUGGUCCCUAAGAUCACUAAUCCUAGAAAAAUCAAAGACUAUAGACCCAUCUCUUGUUGCUCUAUGGUCUAUAAGGCAAUUACGAAGAUUCUUGUUCAAAGGCUGAAAAAUUUACUUCCUGACCUGAUUACUCUUAAUCAAACUGCCUUUGUUAAGGGAAGAAACAUUAUUGACAAUACUCUCUUAGCCCAGGACCUAGUUAAAGGCUAUGGUAGAAAUUCAAUCUCUCCUAGAUGUGCGAUCAAGAUUGAUCUUCAAAAGGCAUUUGAUUCCCUUGACUGGGAUUUCCUUUCAUCCAUCCUCAAUGCAAUUGGUCUCCCUCCCAUAUUCAUAUCUUGGAUCCAAGCUUGCUAUUAUGGAGCAAGAUAUUCAAUUUCCUUUAAUGGUUCUUUAAUUGGCUAUUUCAAAGGUAAAAGGGGUCUUAGGCAAGGAGAUCCUUUAUCUCUCAUUCUUUUUGUUCUAGCCAUGAAUAUUCUUUCUAAGCUCCUUAAUCUUGCUGCCAUCAAAAGUUUAUUCGGUUAUCAUCCUAAAUCUGGUAUUUCUCCAAGGAACCUUGAAGUCAUCAAAACCUCUACUGGUUUCAAGAUUGGCCUUUUGCCAGUGAGGUAUCUUGGAGUUCCUCUAGUUCCCCGGAAACUCACUAUUAAAGACUUCUACCCUCUUAUUGAUAAGAUCAAAUCUAGAAUCCACCAGUGGUCUGGGAGGUACUUAAGCUAUGCUGGUAGAUUAAAACUCAUAAAAAUUGUUUUACAGAACAUUGCAAACUUCUGGUGUCGUCAAUUCCUGCUUCCUCAAUAUGUUAUUAACAGAAUUAACCAACUUUGCUCAAGAUAUCUAUGGAAAGGCUCUGACACUUCAGCCUCUGGAGCUAGAGUAAGUUGGAUCAAUUUAUGCAAACCCAAAUCUGAAGGAGGGCUGGGAUUAAAAGAUUUGAAAUCUUGUAAUAAGGUUUGCAUGAUUCUGUUAAUUCGCAACCUUCUUGCUGGUCAAGGUUCUUUAUGGAUUGCUUGGACUUACUCUUAUGUUAUAAAAAAUAACGACUUUAGCCAAAUGUCUCCUAGUGCUUCCUCUAGCUACAUAUUCAAUAAACUUAUAAAACUGAAAGAUGAAGCCAUCCCCAUUUUUAAUGCUGGUAAUACGACCACUAAAGGGAUUUGGGAAGAAGUUAGACACAAACAUGAUAAAGUCCCUUGGCAUAAACUUAUCAGGUUUCCCCUUCACAUCCCUAAAUUUAGUGUUAUUACUUGGUUGGCUAUUCUUGAUAGACUACCAACGAGGGAUAAACUCCUUCGUAUGGGUCUCACUACUGUUGGUUAUUGUGUAUUUUGUAAUGAUGCUCUUGAAACGAGAAAUCAUUUAUUUGCUGAUUGUAUUGUGAUCACUUCUCUUUGGAAUGGUAUUUUGCAACUGUCUCUUCUGUCCGUUCCUCACAUGCCAUGGGAAAUCAAGCUUGCUUGGGGUGCUUCAACUUGGAAAGGUAAAUCUCUCUUAACCUCUAUCAUGAAGACUGCUUCGUGUGCUUUCAUUUACAAGGUUUGGGAGGAGAGAAACUGUCGUAUAUUCCGAGGAAAAUUCCGAACUAUUGAAGACUUGCUUGGUUCUAUAAAAGAGACAGUAGGACUUCAUCAUAUGAAUAGAGAUUUCAAUAAGCUUGAUAAUGUUAAUAUGCUUCUUUGUAAUAAUUGGAAUAUAGCCUAA